AUGUCCUCCCGCGCCGGCCUCGUGGCCCUGCGCCUGGCUCAGCGACCCCACGAGAGGUCGCUGGGGCGCGCAAGGGGGCGGAGCUGGCAUGACCGAUCAGGCGCGCUCGCGUCCUGGGUGACGCAGAAGGGAACUGGGAGUAGGCGAGGUUGGAAGACUGGGCUGGCUAGAGCAGCCUGGUCGGGGAAGGGUGUGUGGGUGGUGCAUAAAGUCCUGGUCCUCUCUGGGCCGAGAGAGCAGAUCCGGCGCAGGGGUUUCGGGCGGGAGGAAGGAGUCGGUCCUAGGGCAGCCUCCGCCCCCCCGGGGAAUCUGUCGGCUUGCCUGCCCGCCCCUACGCCCGCCCGCUGCGGGCCCAGCAGGCCUAGGAUGCCUGCAGCACUUGUGGAGAACAGCCAGGUUAUCUGUGAAGUCUGGGCCAGCAACCUAGAAGAAGAGAUGAGGAAGAUCCGAGAAAUUGUGCUUAGUUACAGUUACAUUGCUAUGGACACAGAAUUUCCAGGUGUUGUAGUGAGACCAAUUGGGGAAUUUCGAAGUUCCAUAGACUACCAGUAUCAGCUUCUUCGGUGUAAUGUUGACCUGCUUAAAAUUAUACAACUGGGCCUCACAUUCACAAAUGAGAAAGGAGAAUAUCCUUCUGGAAUCAACACCUGGCAGUUCAACUUCAAAUUCAAUCUUAU